AUGUCUGGUGUGCCCUCUCAUGCAGACAUAGGGUCACUGCCGCUCUCCUCGACCAAAGUGGUGGCGUUCACAUCGGUUGUGACUGAGACGAUCCAUCCGACACUGAUCAUCACUGAGGUGACCACGGUGGGGAGUUGGCAGCCGGAGACGUCCCUGUCCGCGGGGCAACAGCAGAGCGAGCAGAGCUCUGGUCAAACGGUGCAGAAAGGUACCGUCCAGACAAACGCGAGUCAAACGAGUCAAACGCAGACGGUCCAGCUGGCCAUGUCAACAGCCUCUCAGCUCACCGAUCUGCCACCAGAGACUACGCAGUGGGCCGCUGCAUCUCUCACGGCUACUGUGAUGACCACGCCAACAUGGUCAACGGAUGACUCGGCGUCCUCUUCCUUGCCUGCUGGGCAACUUUCGGUGUCCCUGCCUCCUGUGGUAGGACAUUCCAUCGCGGAUAGCCUGACAAGUUCUUCGGAGCUGGUUGUGCUAUCAACCUCCGCAAGUGCAGCGUCACCCACCACGACAUCUGCGCUAACCAGCACUGCGUCCUCUCUAGCCACGGCCAGUUCAGGGCUUGGUGCGACAUCCACCACGUCCACCAGCACUCCAACGAGCUUUGGCACGUUGGUCACCUCAAGCCUUGUCGAAACGAUUUCCAACUCGGUCUCAAGCCAGUCGUCAACCCUGGCUCUCUCACCUUCGCCUUCGUCGUCAUCAAUCGAAGGCAUCAUCUCCGGCUCAGAUUCCACCAGCGGCCAGACCAGCCAGAGAAAGUCGGCCUCCCAUGUGGGCGCCAUAGUAGGUGGUACCAUCGGGGGCGCUGUGUUCGCGGUCCUCGCUCUGCUGGUUGGGAUUCUGUGCCUCCGCCGCAGACGACGACAGGCCCCCAUCAAACCCAGGGGCAGCCCGGGACGAGGCCUGCUACGGAAUAGCAGUGACUCACUGACAAGUCUCCGCGGUCCGCAUGGCUGGCAUGGUCAACAUAGCAGGCAGUGUUCUUUCCCCAUGGGUCCCAUCUUUUCGCCCCGGGGUAACACUAUGCCUUCGGCCUCCGCCCCCAACUCAUCCGGGGCGGCCUUCAACCAAGGACGGUCCGUCAACACCAUGGCUCUGCAUGAUAAUGCCCAGAAAAAUCCCUUCUCCGACCCCGAGCACAGCCCAGUCUCCCCGAUCAUCAAUGUGCACCCUCCCUCCCGCACGGCGUCCAAUUACUCCCAACCAUCAAGCGAGGGCGGCCUCAAGUACCUCGAGAAAUACGACCUUCACCCGACCACCCCCAGCUCCCACUACGAGAGCAUCUACUAUCCCGACGAGGGCGCCUUCACACCAUCCCUCCCCGAAGUCGAUAAGCUCGCUCCGCGGGUGGACCGGAGGACGCGCCUCAGCACGCGCAGCGACCCCUUUGAUCUUGAGGUGCCAGAGAAAACCCUGCAAGAAUGGCCCCUACCACCCCAUCCAACGCCGUGGGGUGAUAAAUUCUAG